AUGCGUUCAUUCACAGCAGAGUAUAUUUAUAAUACGCCCUAAACCAAUGCAUUAAAUAGUUAAUUUUGUGAUGAUAUUUUGUAUGAUAUCAAGACAGUUAAUUUUACAAUUCCUUAAGAUAUUUAAGGUGAUUUUAUAUUUGGAAUUGAAAAUACAAAUACAGAUGGCUAAGUUUCAAUUAGAAACCUUUAUUCGAUGUUAUACAUUUUCAUUUAUUAUCCUUCAUGCCGUUGUUGUACUGGACCUAAAUAAAAUUAAUGUACAGAAUGUUACCUUGUAGCCCCAACUAAUAAUGUUUGUCUUCAAUUCCAUCAGAUUUAUAUUAUGUUAAAUAUGUUGAGUGUAGAUCAAAAUGUGAAUAUAUAAUUUAAGAGGAAAGCGAAAGAAGAUUUAAAAUAAAAAUUAAGUACAAAAAGUACAAUCAUUAAACUCUUUGUUAGUCUGAAAAUAUUAAACCAUCUGAUAACAAUAGAUUAAGCAGAAUUAUUUUAUUUUUUAAUAAUUCUUCAUGUUAAUUUUUUUUAAAAGUUGGAUGGAAAGAAAAAAUUAAAAAGGUCAUUUCAAUUUUUAUUUAAUUACCUGAAAAG